AGAGAGAGAGAAACGUUUAGGCUGUUUACUUAUGUACGGUGGUUUAGGUUAUGUUAUAAUUUAUCUUUUUUGGUAUUUUGUAGCUGUCUAUCAAAAAUUUUUGUAUAUUUAAAUUUAUUAUGUGAUUUUUCACUUGCCCAACUUGUCAGCAUCAAAAAUGUUAGAGAAAUGCAGAUUGUGUUCAUCAUCCACAGCGUUGAUUUCCAUGACUUCUGGAAAACGUAGACAAAUUAGAGAUUACAUUAGAAAAUUGAUUGAAAUAACUACUGGAAUACAGUUCAAGAAAAAUGAUGUUCUCAAUCUCAUUUGUUUUACAUGCAUGCUACAAAUUUAUAACUUUUACAUAUUUCGGACCAGGUCGCUUGAGAACGAGAAAAGUUUGGAGGUUCUUAUUGGAACACAUGAAAUGGCCCAUAAAAGUAGUAAAACUCUUCUUGAACUGUGUGAUAUCGAAAUACCAGACCUUGAAGAAUUGAAAACGGAAAUUCUUCCAUGGAUACAAUCAAAACUGAAAGAUCUAGAAUGUAAUGAGUAUAAAAACAGUUGUAAUUUCAGAAAUGAUAAGGCAAAGCCCCCAAGAAGACAUGAUAUGGAUCAGAGUUCUGAUAUAAGUACACAAACAACAGCUUCUACUGUAGUGAUGAUUGACGAACACAUCCAAGUUGACCCUGCAGUAACGUGGAGUGUCAGUACUCAAAUAUCAGUGCAAACUGUUGACAAAAGAACACAGUGCUGUCUUUUCACACCUACAACUGAUGCCACUGCACAAACAGAUUCCAAAUUGGAAGAUAAAGAGACCCAGCAUGGCCAUGUUUUGGAGUCCAAAGAAAAAGGCAUUCAGUGUAAUGAUUUUGUAUGUAUAACACCCUCAUUGAAAAUCGAAAGUUGUUCUAUAUCUGACUGUUCAAAAACUGUAAUCCCAAUUAGUGACAAUAUCAGUAAUAAAAAGAAGGAAAACACGACUCCAAAGAGAGUUAGUUUCCCGAUUAAUGAAACAAAUAUGCCAGAAAAACAACAUGACACAGUGUGUGAUUCUGAAUCAGAAUAUGGGAACGGUUCAGUUGAAGGUGAUCAUGUAGAAACUGAAAAAAAUAUAUCUUUUUUGAACGCCCUUUGUCUGAUAUCCAUAGACAGCAUAAGUGAAAAACAAACAAACUAUGUCUCACCUCAGCGAGAUACAAGGCUAGCCAGACGGAAAAAAAUGAAUUUUUCACCUAACAGAACUAGUCAGGGUGGUUCAGGGGAAAAUGCGGAUUUAGCUGAAAAUGACAAACCCUCAACAAUAUUUGAAGAUGAGAAUGAUAAGAUAGAAAUAGAGAAAAAUGCCCUGCAUGUUCCCUCGAGACAAUCAGAUCGCUCUGAUGUUGAGAAGAUUGAAAAUAUUUCACUGACGCUUGAGGCCAAAAGUGAACCAAAUACUCCACAAACACCAGAGAGAGAAAAUAAUUUUGAUGAGGAAGCGUGCGCCAAAACUGGUUUCCAACCGCAGUGCUUGAGAUUUGACUCUCCCAGGUCUUCCCAAUUAUUAGCUGUAACAAACAAAGUGCAGUACGUUAAAAUCUGUAGAGAGUGCGACCAUACAAUGUACUCAAAACAUGAGGCAGCAGUGCAUAAAAAGUCUCAUAUGCGUUGUUCACUUUGUAAAAAGAAAUUCACAAGUAUAAUCAAGGCAAAAGAACACUUCAGAUCAAAAUGUGACAAAAAAAUGACUACAAUGUCUCCUGUGGUAUAUUUGAAUAAAAUGGAAAUACCCAAAGCUAGUGUAAAACCGCCCUCUAUCAAAGAAUCGGAUGAUUCAGAUUCUGACAAAAAGCGCAGGAAUAGGGACAAAAUAAAAUCACCAAGAAAAAAAUUGAAAACGUGAAAGUCAGUUUUUAAUUUUAUUUUUUAGACCAUGAUUACAUAUUUUAAUUCAAAGGGUAUUCCAAUGAAAAUACUCUAACUUGAAUAAGUUAAGUUAUAGUUUGGAAACUAGUAUAGUCCAUUUCCGGAUAAUGCCAUGCAUUUCGAAAAGGAUGUACAAUUUUGCUCUGCAGGAGGUGUUUUCGUUAAAUUCAUUCUAUGAAUGCAGCUGUAGUGAAGAUUCAUGAAAUAAGACAGUUUUUUUAGAAACGAAGGAAGUCAACUUGGUUGGUGAAACGUGUGUCAAGAAGAGUAAUGCAGUUUUAUUGUAUGGAAAAAGUGCUUGUUGUGGAUUUAUUCUACGCCAGAGGUUCCAGUUAUAUCUUUCAAUUUUACUUAUAACUUAUGAACAGCAGUCCACUUUCAGUCGAGCAUAAAGACCCACCUUAGGUCACAAUUUCUUUUCAGAGUCUUCGUACCAAUUUUUCAAGACCCACUUUUCAAAAAAUAAAUUAAAAAAAAAAUCAUUUAAAGAUGACAUUCAUGGCAGGAUCCUAAAUUAUUAUGUAUUAAUUAGAAACAAAUUUUAUACGGUUUGGUUGAACAAACUAUUUAGUGAAUUACAGGCAAAUUAUUGAGUC